UGACCGCGCCAAGGAAGGCCAGCCCUUUGAAAAACUUUCUUGCGCUCCAAACAUUUCUCGUUUCUCUCCGGCACAUUCUCUCCUUGUUUCCUUCCUUCGAAAAAGAACAGUAGCUCCACUUCUCCUCGAAGCCAAAGGCCGGGGGAGAAACAAAAAUCCAACAAAGAAAAAACACGAAAAGAUUCAACAAAAAGAUCUGUUUCAAAUGGCCAAGAACGAGAAUUCUUGUCAAUCUUUGAUCCCAAGCUUUCUCUACUCCUCUUCAGUUGGCUCUAGAAAUGGAGGAGUACUGCAACAACCUAAGCUUUGGCCAUCGUCUGAUAGUGGUGAUCAUGGAGUGCUGUCAAAGAACUUUGUGAUACCAGCACCUACGGAAAAGUUAGAGAUGUACUCACCAACUUUUUAUAUGGCUUGUACUGCUGGUGGGAUUCUUAGCUGCGGAAUCACUCACACGGCUCUCACUCCUCUUGAUGUUGUCAAGUGCAACAUGCAGAUUGACCCAUCAAAGUACAAGAGCAUUUCAUCAGGAUUUGGGGUAUUGCUCAGGGAGCAGGGAGUUAAAGGUUUCUUUAGAGGAUGGGUGCCUACCUUGCUUGGCUACAGUGCUCAGGGUGCUUGCAAGUAUGGAUUCUAUGAGUUCUUUAAGAAGUACUACUCAGAUAUUGCUGGCCCUGAGUAUGCAGCCAAGUACAAGACCUUGAUUUAUCUUGCUGGCUCAGCAUCUGCUGAAAUAAUUGCUGAUGUUGCUCUCUGCCCUAUGGAGGCACUGAAAGUUCGCGUCCAAACUCAGCCUGGUUUUGCUAGGGGCUUGGCAGAUGGUAUGCCUAAGUUUAUCAGAGCUCAAGGCUAUUCUGGGUUAUACAAAGGGAUUGUUCCUCUUUGGGGGCGUCAGAUUCCAUAUACAAUGAUGAAAUUUGCAUCCUUUGAGACUAUUGUGGAGUACCUAUACAAGAAUGUCAUCCCAACACCCAAAGAACAGUGCAGCAAAACCUUGCAGCUUGGAGUCAGCUUUGGUGGUGGAUACGUUGCUGGUAUACUCUGUACUAUUGUCUCACAGCCUGCUGACAACCUGGUGUCUUUCCUCAACAAUGCCAAGGGGGCAACUGCUGGUGAUGCUGUCAGGCAGCUCGGUUUAUGGGGGCUCUUUACCCGCGGGCUUCCUCUCCGACUUGCCAUGAUAGGAACGCUUACAGGAGCUCAAUGGGUUAUCUAUGAUGCUUUUAAAGUGUUUGUUGGGCUACCAACUACUGGUGGUGCUGCUCCAGCUCCAGUUGCAGAAGCUUAAAUUUUAAGCUUAUCUGUGAACAAGAUAUUACUCUUCUACGUUGAAGAGAAGGGAUUUCUUUUUGAUGGACAAAUAAUAGAAGGUUAGCUGAUGCCAUUCUCAUGGGCAGUAUUCUUUUAAAACAUGAUUUGCAUAUCAUUGUUCUAUUGUUGUUGCUUGAUUCAUAAGAGAAUAUUAAUUUCAUCAUCUAUUGAGAUUUGUUCAAGUUAGUACAAUGUAACAAGUUAUGUUGCAUCUCAGUUUCCACACGAAGAAUAUGAUGCGAUAGAAAUACCAGUUUCUUCGAUCACUGAGUUCA